GGCUCGCUCCCCCCGGCGGGACUGAGCUCCAGACGCGGCUUUGUCACCAAUCAGAGGCUAGAGGUCUGAAGCAGCGUCACCGGUCGGUAUCCGCGCACUCGGUUUAAAAGCAGCUCGUCUCCUGCCUCUGACACAUUUUUCUCCUUAUUAGAGAAUCUUAAACCAUGGCAAGAACCAAGCAGACCGCUCGUAAAUCCACAGGAGGCAAAGCCCCCAGGAAGCAGCUGGCGACCAAGGCUGCCCGUAAGAGCGCCCCGGCCACCGGCGGCGUCAAGAAGCCCCAUCGUUACAGGCCCGGUACCGUGGCUCUCAGAGAGAUCCGUCGUUACCAGAAAUCCACCGAGCUGCUCAUCCGCAAGCUGCCCUUCCAGCGUCUGGUCCGUGAGAUCGCUCAGGACUUCAAGACCGACCUGCGCUUCCAGAGCUCCGCUGUCAUGGCUCUGCAGGAGUCCAGCGAGGCUUACCUGGUCGGUCUCUUCGAGGACACCAACCUGUGCGCCAUCCACGCCAUGUCUGGAAGAGGAAAGGGAGGUAAAGGACUCGGUAAGGGAGGCGCUAAGCGUCACCGUAAAGUCCUCCGUGAUAACAUCCAGGGAAUCACCAAGCCCGCUAUCCGCCGUCUGGCUCGUCGUGGUGGAGUCAAGCGUAUCUCUGGUCUGAUCUACGAGGAGACUCGUGGUGUGUUGAAGGUGUUCCUGGAGAACGUCAUCCGUGAUGCCGUCACCUACACCGAGCAUGCCAAGAGGAAGACCGUGACCGCCAUGGAUGUGGUUUACGCCCUCAAGAGACAAGGACGCACUCUCUACGGCUUCGGAGGUUAAACCUGAU